AGUGUGUCAAUCUAGCAAUAGAUGGCUCUAGAUUACUUCCUUAUUUUUCUGAAAAUUACAAGGCUUGGCCUAACAUGAUCAUUUGGUGAUGGAUACCGACCAGCGGAAUAUUCUCAAGGUGUUCCGGCCCAAGUUCGUACGAGACGUCGACCAGAUUGAUGAUUUGAUCGAUAAUUUGGAAGCCAACAGUGUAUUGGCCGAUUCCACCAUCGAGUCUAUCAAGGACACAAAUGGGCGACAAGAAAAAGCCAGAAAAAUUCUCGAUCAUCUUGUACGUCGGCCUUCCCCGGACUUCGAUAAAUUCUACCAGUGUUUGAUUUUAAGUGACAAUGCCGAUCUUGCCGAUAAACUAAAGCCGGAGUGUGCGCCAUGCAAACGAAUCCCUAAGAAGUCGUCGGCGCCCUCUGCAUCCAAACUACCGUAUCCGAUUCAGCAUGUCGAUGAACAUGACAAGGGCGGAAGCGUUCGGCUGAAGUUUGGCGAGAUGCCAUCACAAGCAGCUGAAGAGAGCUUGAUCGAGGAGGAUGAGUUACCUGAAAAGUGGCCUGAUCCAAACCGAUCCAUUCUCGACCUCGUCAUAAAAAAAGUAGAGGCUGCCAACAUGAAGACUCUGUUCGCUCAUCAAAAGUCAACAGAGUUUAAGGGCUACAAAAUGACGUCGAACCCUCGCGGUCGGGCGAUAAUUAUCAACAACACGAAGUUCAAGACAUUAGGUGAAAGAACGGGUAAUGACGCUGACGUUUUUGCACUCAAGCAGUUACUCAUACCUCUGAAGUUCGCAACGAUUGAUUGGAACAAUUACUCAUAUGAGAGAUUGAAAAGACAGUUGGAAACUGAAUCGAGAAAUGGUCAACACUGGGACGCCAGUGCGUUCAUCUUGAUUGUCCUAAGUCACGGAGUCCGCGGUGCAAUCAAAACGGUUGAUGAGGAGGACUUCAAAGUCGACGACAUCAUGGAAUGUUUCAACCGCGAUAACUGCCCAGCAUUGGUCGGGAAACCAAAGAUGUUUUUUAUACAAGCUUGCCAGGGAACUACUCAUGACAAGGGUGAAAUGACCGACUCCGGCUCGGAUGAUUUGCCGACAGGAGUCGAAAAUAUCCAGAUCUCUCAGGGAGAGAAUAUGACGGACGCAGGUGCGGAGAAGGUACCACUGUAUAGCGACAUGAUCAUCGUCAACGCAACCACGCCCAACUUCGUAUCUUGGCGUUCUGAGAAUGGCACAUGGUUUAUUCAAGCAAUCGUUGAUGUCUUUGCAAAAUUUUCUCACAAGGAGCAUCUCGGGGACCUACUCCUUAAGGUAAUGAACCUUGUAGCACGAGGACAAACGCGUGCAUCGGGCAAAGUCCAGAUCUCGAGUAUAAGUUUCGAGACGCUGCGAGACAAAGUUUACUUCUUCCCGGGAUUGCCGGAGCAGGAACUAGGAGGGAGCGGGCGUCUCUUGCUCUUGGACUGAAAUGUUUAAGACUGUUGUUUAUUUUGACUGUUCAUCGAAAACUUGUGACUGGUGACUCGGGUGUUGUGACAAGCACUCAGAAAUGCAACCAUAUCACGCUGCGUUCAGGACUUACAGGACUUACUGUAGUCACCUGUAUUAAGAGCUCGAAUUGAUUCCAAGAUUCUGACAAUGGUGGCUCAUUGCUGCUUCAUAUUCUCUAUUGAUUCAGAAAGCGCUGGUCUUGUGAAAGUGACAACACUAUAAAAAAUUGUACUUUUGAUACGUAAUAAUGUAAUAUUUAUACAUGUAAAUGAAUGAUAAUGAUGUAUGAUAAUGAGUAAUAUUAUACCUUAAUUAGAA